AUGCCCGCGGACAUCACAGGUCCCUCGGAGCUAGCGGUUUGGCUUAGGGAAGCCCUUGCCUUUGGAAACAAGCCCCAAGUCUCUCAAGUAAAUUCAUCCUACCGUGAUGUGAUGCCGCAUGAGACUCCGCUGGCAGAUGAUGGAGUAGGUGUAGAUGAGAAGCUGUCUUUACGGCGGGUAGCCGUCGUAGAAGAUUUCUUUGACAUUAUCUAUUCCAUGCAUGUUGAAACUGGGCCUAAUGGAGAACAAAUCAGAAAACAUGCUGGACAAAAGAGAACGUAUAAAGCAAUUUCAGAGACCUAUGCCUUCCUACCGAGAGAAGCGGUGACACGAUUUUUAAUGAGCUGCUCAGAGUGCCAGAAAAGAAUGCAUUUAAACCCAGAUGGAGCGGAUCAUAAAGAUAAUGGAAAACCUCCAACUUUGGUGACGAGUAUGAUUGAUUACAACAUGCCAAUUACUAUGGCUUAUAUGAAACACAUGAAACUGCAGCUACUAAAUUCACAGCAAGAUGAGGAUGAAAGCUCUAUAGAAAGUGAUGAGUUUGAUAUGAGUGACUCGACUAGGAUGUCAGCUGUGAACUCUGACCUCAGCUCAAAUCUGGAAGAGAGAAUGCAAAGUCCUCAGAACCUCCAGGGCCAGCAGGAUGAUGAUUCAGCCGCAGAGAGUUUUAAUGGCAAUGAGACCGUGGGACACAGUUCCAAUGCUUCAGGGGGAACACACUGCAGGGAGAUGGCAGAAACCAACAGUAAUGGCAAAACAAAUCUGGAGCAGGAUGAGCAGCCUCUGAACCUGAGUGACAGUCCCCUCUCUGCUCAGCUGACUUCAGAAUACAGACUAGAUGAUCACAGCAGUAAUGGAAAGAACAAAUACAAGACUCUACUAAUUUCUGAUCUCAAGAUGGAACGGGAGGCAAGAGAAAAUGGAAGCAAG